UACGUGUCACGUCACCCGGAAGCAGGAAGUGUUUAGGAGCUUGUUGUGAGUUGUCGUGGAGGCUUUGCUUCUGCUGUUGGUCUCGUCUUCCUGUUGGCCCAAAUGGCGAGCUUCGUGGGUCCGGGUCGGACCGGUCCGGGACUCCGGUGCUGGGCUCUGGUCCUGCUGAUGCUGGCGGAAGCGAACUGGCCGGUGGCGGCCGUGUCGGAACCGGGAAAGUGGGACCUGGACAUCAAUAGCGAUCUCCUGAAGAAGCAGAGUUACUUCUUCUACACUAAAACUCUGUUCAAUAACAGCAUGAUCAGUCUCAAAUUUAAGUCACAUAAUUGCAAUAACUCGUCUCAGCCGAGCCUGGACAUUUCCUGGUAUCUGAGGAGCUCGCGCUGCUACGACGAAGUCUUCAACCUGAACGUAAAGGGGGAUGAAAGCUAUUUCACGUCGCUCAGCGUCGAGAGAGAAGGAGGAACUGGGUUCUAUUCUUCACACAAGUAUGAUACAAUCCACUGUGAGCCUAAUAAACUCAAGACUCAGUUGAACCUGAAUGACUUUGAGCCAAUAAAUCAGCUGAAACCACUGCAGAAGGCACAGCCAAGCACAGAAAACACUUCAGGGAAACGAAAGAGAGAGGCUCCAAAGCCAAAGUCAGUGAAGACGAACGAAACCGACAAAGAUCAAAAACAGGUUGGGAAUCCUGGUUUCGAUGCGGUGGCUCGGAGCUGGGAUGACGGACCCUACAUGUUCAUCCUCAAAAUCGAAGACAAGAACCAGCCGCCUGAUCCCAACAAUCAAUGGAAUCUAAAGCUCCAGAUCAGUAUGAAGGGUCCCCAUGGCUUUAUAUCAGCGUCUGAAUGGCCUCUGAUGAUGUUCUACAUGGUGAUGUGCAUUGUGUACGUGCUGCUCGCCAUGCUGUGGUUGGUUCUGUCCGCGUGUUACUGGAGGGACCUGCUCCGGAUCCAGUUCUGGAUCGGAGGCGUCAUUUUCCUGGGCAUGUUGGAGAAAGCUGUUUACUAUGCAGAGUUCCAGAGCCUCAGAGAUGAAGGCGUGUCAGUCACCGGGGCGGUGGUGUUUGCUGAGGUGCUCUCUGCAGUGAAGAGGACUCUGGCCAGAGUGCUGGUGAUCAUCGCCAGUCUGGGAUACGGCAUCGUCAAGCCGAGACUCGGCGCUCUGCUGCACAGAGUCGUUGGCGUUGGUCUGCUCUACCUGAUCUUCUCCAUCAUCGAGGGAAUCUUAAGAGUCAACGCUGAUCGAGGGGACAACACCAGCAGUAGAUUUUUGUGCGACAUAGUGCUGGCCUUCACUGAUUCCUGUGUUGUCUGGUGGAUCUUUGUGAGCCUGGCUCAGACGAUGAAGCUGCUGCGCCUCAGGAGGAAUUUGGUGAAGCUCUCGCUCUACAGACACUUCACCAACACGCUCAUCUUUGCUGUUAUAGCAUCGGUCAUCUUCAUCAUCUGGACCACGAGGACCUUCAGGAUGUCCAAAUGUCAGUCUGACUGGAGGGAGCUGUGGAUAGAUGACGCUUUCUGGCGUUUCUUGUUCUCCAUCAUCCUAUUGGUCAUUAUGUUUCUAUGGCGACCGUCGGCCAAUAACCAGAGGUACGCCUUCAGUCCUCUGGUGGAUGAAGAGAGCGAUGAAGAGGAGAAGGAGCCCAUGAUGAACGACGCUUUUGAAGGGGUGAAGAUGAGGGGCAUGAAGAAUGAGGCCAACGGCUCGACCAAAGCCAACAAAGUGGAUGAGGACCUGAAGUGGGUUGAGGAGAACAUCCCAUCAUCUAUGGCAGAUGUCGCCCUGCCGCCCCUGCUGGACUCUGACGAGGAAACGAUGACGACGAAGUUUGAGAUGUCCAAGAUGGAGUGAAGCACAAAAGAGGAGUUUUUUUUAAAAAAACCAAGAGACUAUGGCAUCACCGAGAGGUACGCCCACGUGACGAGGAGGAGGGAGAGAUGAAGCGAUGGAUGAAGGAGGGAACCGAUGGGAGCGAGCUCACUGUCGCCGUGUGAUUUCAUCCCUGAACUUAUGAGCUUUGUAAGCCUUGACCAGUACAUACGCUGGGAGCAGAGUCGAGCGGCAGCGACGCUCAGAUCCUUUUAUUUGGUUCUUUUUAUUUCCUGUUUGUACUUAAACGCCUCUCUCUGUAUACUCUGCACACACAAACAGUAUAUUUUGACAGAUUUAACGUUAAAUGUUUUGUGCUUGUUGGAUUUUUCACGUUUACACGCGCAGGUUUUCUAUCUCGUCACUCUGCGUUGUCACUGCAGUGGGUUUUGGGGGCUUUUUUGGUUUGUUUGUUUUUUUAAGAUGAAUGAAAAAUUUGUGUUUUGAUUUCUUCAACCUGCAGAGACUUAAAUUGUGAAUCAUAAAAGUAAAAUGUGAGUAAACAUUGAGUAUUUCUGAUGAG